AUUAAGUUUCGUGAAGCAUCAAGUGUUGGUGUGGCCCAGCAUCUAACUAACACCGUUUUUAUUGAUAGAGCUCUGAUAGUCGUACCCUGUGCAGAAGAUGACUAGACUGGCCAAGGCAGACCUGUUACACUUGCCUGAGUUAGGCAUUGUUUGCCAUGCCACUAAACCUGCCGUCAAGUGAAACCUUCAUGGGGGAAAUGAGAUCGAAGUCUGGCCCGCUGAAGAUGGACGCCCUGUCUCUGUUUUUAUUUUUUAUUUUGCUUUCCUUUCUUUUUUUUUUUAUUUUGUCCCUUUUUUUGUUUUGUUUUUUGUUUUUGCUGAAUCUCUUUCACUUCUACUUGUGAACUGGUUCUUCAGUUCUGUAAAAAUGGUGUUUCAUAAAGGGUUCAUGAUGUUUCAUUUUAAAGUUGACUUUCUGAAGCUGUUUAUGAGGGUGGUGGAUGGUAUAUACACCAAGUGUUGAAUUAGGUCAGCUAAAUUCUCUGUUUUAAACUAGGGAUAAACACUGCCUUAGAGAUAUGUUUAAGCAUCUUAAUUCAACUAUGGCAGGCAGAUCAGUAUUUGAUAUCUGAAGACUGAAAUAGUGAUGAAGAUAUAUCAGCUCUCAGAUGUGUGUGUUCCUUCUUAGACCAUAUUUUCAAAAGCACUUCUCUGAAAAAGCCAGCUGAAACUUUCUUUCUUAUUACUUCUUUCUUAAGAAUCUAGCUUUUCCAAACAAAGUCGUGGCUCUUAAUCAGUCUCUUUCCCAUGAUCAGAAGCACAGUUUUAUUUUAAGCUGUAUAACCAGCACAGCAUAAGGUUUUUGUAUUAAUUUUUAUUAUGAAGAAGUUAAGAUAUCUGUUUUGGAAUGACUCUUGAGAAAAUUCUGAACAUUCUAGAAUUUUUAUUCACUGUGGAUGAAAUUCUGACUCCAUUGACAUUAACGUAGGUUUAGCCAUUGACUUCAGUGGGCUUGGGAUUUCAUGUAUCACUGUUAUUCAAGAAAAACCUUUACCACACGUUAGUGUAAAUGGAUUAUGAGGCUUUGAUGAGAGAGUGUUCUGUCAGAUAUGUUGUCUUUUAACCUUGCUAUAUGUGGGAAGAUGGAAACAACUUUUUGUUUUUGUUGUUUUUUUGUUGGGGGGUGUGUGUUUGUUUUUUAACAUUUACACAUUAGAAUGGCAUUUUCAUUUAGAUGCAACAGAAAGGAAUUUUCUAAGAAAUGGUUUCAUCCAUAAGUUUGUAUUUCCCAGUGAUUAAAUAUAUUAGGAAAAUAAUUUAUUCUUCUAAUCUCCAAAUUAGAUAUAAGCAUAAAAUGUCUUUGACUGAACAUACUUGUUCAUCACUGAAGCUAGUGUGUUUGUUUUUUUAAUCAUCCAGCAGUUUAUAGUACAAAGCACAAGGAAACUGAUCCCUUCUGAACACUUGCAUAAGGAUGGAAUCUUGUGACUAAUACACUAUAAUUUUACUGAUAUCAGGCCUAAUUGUCAUUUACACUAAGGCCACUUUACAUUGCUCUGGCAAGCCAUGUCUACACUACAGAGCCAAUGCUAUCAUAGCUAUGCUGGCAUAGCUCUUAAGUGCACUUGCAGAGGACACUGAUAGGAGUUUUCUCCAUGUGUGAGAGCGCCACCUCCUUGAACAGCAGUCUAACUAAAGCAUUUUUUUGGUCAGCAUAGUUGUAUCUACACUGGGGCUUUUGACAGCAUACCUGUGUCGCUAGGGGAUGUGAAUUUUUCACACUUCUGACACAUAUAGCUAUGCCAGUAUAAAUUUGAAAUGUAGAUCAAGCUGCUGAUCCACUGAAGUGUCUUAAAAUGGAUGUAAAAGUAAUAUACACCCCACUUAAGAGGUCUCUUUGUAAUGCUAGAACAGUGUAAAGGGGCCUUAUUGCAAAUGAGAAUCAGAUCUGUCAUUUAUUACUGAACACCCAAAGGUCAUUAAAACUAUUUUAAGGCACCAGCAUAAAGUGAAAUAAGUCAAGAAAUAGAUCUAUGAAGUUGAAAUGAUACACUUUUUAAAUAAAUACAUAUAUUUGGGGAAAGCAUUUCAGUUCAACUUUUAAGGCUUGACUUCACCCAUCCCAUAGCAAUAUGUAUUAAGAAAAAGAUGCGAGCCUUAAACUUAAAUGUCUUAACAGACAUCAGAUUGUGCAAUAGCCUAAAUGUUGUUUAUAUUUUUUCUGGGUUUGUAUUCCAUUUUUAUAAAAAAGAUUAAGAAAGGUAAUAAAAAUAUGUAUUUACUCAAGAGCAUAACAGGUUCCUUUGGAGCUCUUAAAUUGAUUUUCAAUGCUAAAUAAUCUGAUCAGCUUUUUACUAGAGUUCACUGCGGUGGGGAGUGGGGGAAGAGGAAAACUUUUUUUUUUCUUUUUCUUUUUUUUUUUUUGGUGGAAAAUUUCUGAAAUUUCUAAACUGUUUCCAUUUUUCAGGGUUCUAAAUUGAUUCAUUUUUGGGGACAGUUUCCACAGCAUUUUAGUAUGUGAAAUUUUUGUUGAAUAUUUUUGAGCAUGAGUUUGAUUUUAAAAAAUCAAUGAAAAUAUUGAAGAAACAUCUGCAGAACCCAGAUAUUGAUAAUUUUUCAUUAAAAGAUCUUUGAGAAAAAGCCACUUUUUUAAGUAAAAUUGUAUGGAAAAAAUUUGACCAGCUCUACUUAAUUUUUUUUUAACAUAGAUGAGAAACCAAAAGUAUUAGGGAAAUUUCAAUAAAAAAUUUCAAUUUAAAAUGCAUGUUAUCCACCUGGCAGACUGCUGUAAUAGUUUACCUAAUGCAGUUAUGAGUCAGCAAGUUAUUUUAGCAUGUACCUAAUUGUAAAUGUAUGAAUAGCCCCAUUGACUUCAGUGGCAUUGUUCUUACGCUUGAAGUCUAGGCGCAUGCUUAAGUACCUUUCUGAACUGAUGACCCUCAUUCAGCUAAACAUUUAAGCAUGUUCUAAAUUCAGUCCUUAUUCAACAAAGCACUUAAGCAUGUUAAGCAUCUACUUAAAGUUAAGCAUAUGUUUAAGUGCUUUCAGAAUAGGGAUAGAUUUAAGUGUAUGCUUAAAUUAGGCAUGUGCUUAAGUGCACUGUGGGGACUACGUUAGAAUGCAGCAUUACUACUAGCUUCUUGUAGGUGGAUCCACCCAUGUAAAGUCCCAUUGACUUUGUGGGAUUUUAUAUAGGUGCCCAAUGUAAAGACAGGAGGAUAUCUCUGCAGGAUUAGGGCCUCAUUGCUCUGUAAUAUCGACCUUCAUGGUUAGUUCAUGUUUCAACAGCAAUUUAAAAACAUAAAUCAUUAUUUCCCCAAAAUCAGCUGUGUAAAUAUAUGCCUAAUCUGCAUGCACAGUUACUGUGGUUAUGUUGCUAACUAUCUGUUCAGCAGCAUAACUGACAAUUUGUGCAAGCAAAUACCUGCUUUUUCAUGAGCAGUCAUGCAAAUCAGGCAUUAUAAGUUCACAUGCUAUCACAUGUCUAAAUUUAAAACAAGGCCUGUAAAGCGCUAUAUUCAUGCUAAAUACAAUUUUGGCUUUAGAUCAGAUAUGUUUUUUAAAAGUUAUGGAAGAAGUUACUGUGAAGGUAAUUUUCAGACACUAAUAAUUUGAUUUUAUUUUUCUCUUUAAGCAAUGUGGCUUGGUCUGUUGUACAUUAUGGACCAAAGUUUCACAGAAUGUAUCUUAAAGUUAAAUAGCUGUUUUGAUUAAUAGCAGUGCAACGUAAAUUCUAGAUGAAAUGGUGUUUUUUAUUUCAUUCGGCAUCUAUUCACAUUAAAAUUGAGUUUAUUUACGUUUAUUUUCUUUUGGACUGAGCAACUCAAAUACAUUCUAGAGCUGCAAAUUGUGGUGCAUAUUUUCAAAACAUUCUUUUAGUCAAAUAACUCCCGUGGGCUUUAAUGGGAAUUGCACUGCCAAGACUUUGCAUAGUGCUUUGAAAAUUUACCCUAUAUUUUACUUUUAAAUCAGGAGUCCUUUUGUAUGUAUUCAUUAUAAACUCCUGAAGUUAGAGAUCUGUAAUGAAAAUGUAUGUGCAAAUUGAAGUACUACCAGAAGAGUACUGUUAUAGUAUUUAUAAAGUUCAUUAUUGUAGAAAGCCGUUAACACCUCUAAAUUGCAUGAGGUGCAAUGUAUGAGGGCUGUUUUAUGGUUACUUUGGCAAUUUGGUGCAGAUUAGGAAGUCCUGAAUUAUUUAGUGUGAUUAGGAAUUUUCUCACAGUUUUUCAGUUCACUGUUUAGAUUUUGUGGUGAUUUAAUUCCCUUACAUUGGAAAUCAGUAUUUGCAUUUAGCAAAUUGUUUUAAAUAUUGUAGAGUUUAAUACUCUGAAGAUUUCUUAGCCCAGCAUUUUUGUUAUAACUAUACAUAUAGCCAUCAUUCAUUUUAUUCAGAUGAGAAAUUAUUUUAAUAAACUAUUGGCAUGACAACAGCGGGAGUUUGUUAGUCACAAUUGCAAUAUAUAUUUUUUUUAUGAAAGUGUAGUGCAUUUAGAAGAGAAACGUAAUUGAGCAACUAUCUCAGUAAAUUUGCAAUUAGACGACAAGAGACUUAAGCCUCUUAUAGUCCCAGUUACAUUGAGACAACCUAGAAGGAGAAACAGUGCAAGUCUUUUUUUUUUUCCUAUUGACUCUACCUGCAGUACAGAGUUUGUAUGGGGUCAUUGGUCAUUUUUAUAUUUAUUUAUUUAUCAAAAGCAGGUAGCAGCCAUAAAACAAAAGGGACAGAUUUCAAUUAGCACAUACUUUUUUUUUUUUUUAACUAGUUUGGUUAUUUGCCAUUUCUGGGGAUUAAACUUUAAAAAAUGUUCUUCUUUUCUGUAUCUGAUGUUCUGUGUGCUAUUAGUGAUGCAGCCUACACGAACGGUUGUCAUGUGUAACACAACUUUCGAUCACCGCGAAAACACCGCCCUGGGAAAGCGUCCAUGCUUGAUAUCGUUUGGUUCAUGAACAUUAAGUUUCCAGUACAGGUAAAAUCCCAGAUGAAGCCAAAGCCCUCUCUUUAUUGGCUCCUGCUCCUACUAUGACAAGCCUGAUGCCUGGUGCAGGGUUGCUUCCUAUACCCACACCAACUCCGCUGACUACACUUAGUGUUUCACUUAGCACGUUGGGAGCUAUACCAGCAGCAGCACUGGACCCUAAUAUUACAGCACUUGGAGAAAUACCACAGCCACCAAUUAUGGGAAAUGUGGAUCCUUCCAAAAUUGAUGAAAUUAGGAGAACAGUCUACGUUGGAAAUCUGAAUUCUCAGACUACAACAGCAGAUCAGCUGCUUGAAUUUUUUAAACAAGUUGGAGAAGUGAAGUUUGUGCGAAUGGCAGGUGAUGAGACACAACCAACACGGUUUGCUUUUGUGGAAUUCGCAGACCAAAAUUCUGUACCUCGUGCUCUUGCCUUUAAUGGAGUUAUGUUUGGAGACAGGCCACUGAAAAUAAAUCACUCCAAUAAUGCAAUAGUGAAACCUCCUGAAAUGACUCCACAAGCUGCUGCCAAGGAGCUGGAAGAAGUGAUGAAGAGAGUAAGGGAAGCCCAGUCUUUCAUAUCGGCAGCUAUUGAGCCAGAGUCUGGAAAGAGCAGUGAAAGAAAAGGCGGUCGAUCUCGUUCCCAUUCUCGUUCAGAGUCCAGAUCUAGUUCAAAAUCCCGAUCUAGAAGGAAAAGAUCACACUCAAAACGCAGGAGUAGAUCACACAACAGAUCACUCUCUAGUCAGAAGGAUAGGCGUAGAUCCAAAAGUCCUCCCAAAAAACGUUCCAAGUCUAAGGAAAGGCUGAAGUCAAGAAGUCGUUCUUGUUCCCGGGACAAGAAAAAAGACAAAGAAAACAAAGAAAAGGUCAAGGAAAAAGAGAAGGUCAAAGAGAAGGACAAGGACCGAGACAGGGAGAAGGAGAGAGACAGAGAUAAAGAAAAAGAGAGGGAGCGGGACAGAGACAAAGAGAGAAACAGAGACAAGGAUAGGGACAGAGAUAAAGAAAAAGACAGGGACAAGGACCGAGAGAGGGACAGAGACAAAGAAAAGGAGAGGAACAAAGACCGGGAGAGGGUCAAGGAUAGGGAGAAGGACAGGGACAAGGAGAAGGUUGGGGAGAAGGACAGGGACAAAGAGAAGGAGGUAGUCCGGGACAAGAAGGAAACGGACCUGGAGAAAGAGGGGGAAAGGGAGAAGGUUAAGGAGAAGGACAGAGAGAAGAAGGAGGGUGACAAGGAGAAGGACAAAGACAAGGAAGGGGACAAAGACAAGGAGCGGGAAAGAGAAAAAGAGAGGUCCAAAGAGAGCGAUGAUAAAAAGAAGAAAGAGAAGAGAUCCAGAACACCGCCCAGAAGCUACAGUUCUCUAAGAAGAUCUCGUAGUUCUAGCAGAGAAAGGCGUAAGAGGAAGAGUAGAAGUCCCUCCAAGUCUCCAAAAACAUCCAAAACAUCAAAGAGAAAGUCCUCUCGGUCUCCAUCACCAAGGAGAAAUAAGAAGGACAAAAAGAGAGAGAAAGAAAGGGAUUCAAAUAAUGAAAGAAAAGAGAGAGAGCAGUCCACAUCCAAGAAAAAAAGUAGCAAAGAAAGAGAUGGGAAGGAGAAGUCUGACAAAACCACUACUACACUGAAGGACAAAGAUCACACUAAAGAGGAUCCAAAUUCAGAAAUUAACAAGGCAGGAGACAACAAAGAUACGCAAAGGACAGAUGAAGUCAGACUACAACAGAAUGGGAACUGUCAACCAAAUGAAGAAAACCUCUCAGUUAAAAUGGAAGAGGUAUAAAGUAACAAAUGGACCUCUGACUCAACUGUGGGAUGAAUCCAAAGCUUAUUAUUUCCCUGAAAGAGGAAGAAAACAUCAAAGCAAUCUACUGAACAGGUUGAUAUGUACUAGUAGCUCUUCCAAUCCUUGUGAUAGCUUUGUUGUCUUCUUGCUAGAAAGCAAGAAAGACCAUGGACCAGUAAUAUAUGCCAUGAUAAGGCAAAUGCCAUCAGAACUAUUCAUCUGUGAGAAUCCAUGCAUUUCCAUGAUGGCUGUACUUAUUUGUAAAAUGAUUUAUGUUAACUUUUGCCAAGAACUGUUUCAAAUAAGUGGAAGUUGAAAGAUGUAGACCUGUAUAAGCUGAAGGUAUGCAUUGGAAGUUGUUAAAAUAUUUCUGGUUAAUGAAUUUUGUAUUGUUUUUCCUUGUGUUUUUUUUUUACAUUUCAAUGUGUACUGUUUUGAUAAUGUGCUUGGAAAUGGUGCAAAAAUACACACUUUUCCUUGUAAAUGACAGCUAUGGAAAAAAGGGUUUUUACUUUAGUACAUAGUUUUGCCGUUAUUGCGUUAAACGCCCACUGACUAUUAAGUUUUCAUUUGCUCACUGCUUGGAUUCAUUUUUUCUUAUUUAAAGUCAUUUUCUUAUUACUAUCCCUAAAAUGAGUAUUUCUUUUAAUAGUAGUUGAACAAGGCAUGCUACUGUCCUUUUUAUAGAAGGAACAACCACCAUAUUGUACAUAAUAGUUCAGCCUACUGGGUUUCUUCCCCCUCCCCUACCCUCAAAAGUGAGCACAUCUGUAUAGUGGUUUCAGAUCUUCUGGUUUUGUUUUGAGCCAUAUUGCAGUGGAUCUGUUCCGCUGCAUAUGGUACAGGUGUCAUUAUGAAAAUCAAUACCCCUGUUUUCAAAAUAGUAUAUGGGAGCACAAGCUAAAGCUUUAGUGCCUUCUUAAAAUGUGGUAUAUUUUCUGGAACUUUAUAUAUGCUAUUAAUUUUGAAUUACAUCUUACAUAAUCUCGAUGGCUGUUCUACCAACACCAUACCAGUAGACAAGAAUGUGAGUGAUUUGUCAGAAAAACUGUGCUGGGUUCACUUGGUACAAGAUUGAAACUCCAUUUUUAAGAAGAAAUUUAUAAAUGAAUGCAAAAGUGCAGUUUGGGGACCAUCGUACUAUGAAGUAUGGUAACUGAAUACAGAGCAUGCUCUGAUUUCACCAAAAUCAAAGGGAGCUCUUUAAUCUUUUUCUGUACAUUGAAUGGCCUUAAUCAUUACCUCUCUAUCAUCUUCUCUAAUGUUGGUUGUGUGAUGUGAAAGGAAUUGUGUGCAAAGUUUGUUUGAAAAGAGUAGUAGUUGAAUUUACAUUAGAGUUAUAUGGUAGAGAUUCUAUGUCCUUCUUGGAUCCAUUCUUUGGGGAGAAAGCAUGUAACUUGAGAGAACGACACACUGCAAAUAUUUUGUCAAGUAGAAGUAUGACUUGUGCUCUGAAGUAAUCUCAUCAUUGUAAGAUUUCUUAAAAGUCAGACCUUUAAAACUUGUUUAAUACUAAAAUGAAGUAGACUUAUUUUUAAUACAGUGUAAUACAAUCAAAAGACUUAAUUGCCUUACCUCAUGGGAAGAGUUAUUUCUAUCAAUUUUAAAAGCUAAGUAGCAUAUUAGUUAGUUACUUUCAAAUUAAUUUUCCUUUUUAAAGUUAAUACUUACAGAAGCCUAAGUGUUUUAUGGGGAAUGAAAAGUUGCCCACUUUAUAAGGUAAUGAAACCCAGUUUGUGCAGCUGCUUAAUCACUCUUUAUUUUUGUUAGGAUUUGAAGUGUCUUGCCACUGUGUACCAUUAAAACUAUAGAAAAUGCUUUACCGUGUAAAGUAUAGAUGGUCAUUUUUGUGAUGUUUAAGCCACAUGCAGUUGGCUGGUGAACAGCGUAUUCCAAUAAAAGAAUGACAAAUCUGUAUGCUUAUAGAAAGACUGUGAAGGAUCAGGUCUUGCAACAACAGCUAUCUUAUUUAUGUGUAAGUAGCAUAGAGCAAAGACUGUUUGUAUACUUGUUAUCUUUGGUACCAUUUCACUAAUAAAAUUAAGUAUUUUAGAGGGAUGUUUUUGUUUAUAUAUAUUUGAAAGGAACAUUCUUAGUUGAUCUGCUUUUUCUCAGGAGGUUGCUUUGAUUUGGAAAGUGCAUGCCAGUAAUAUACAUAGCAUUUAGAAAAUUAGCUUUUAUACUAUAUCUUGUGAGAAGUCAAAUGGUUUUUACACGUGGCUUCAUGUUUCAGAUGUCAACAUUUAUUUUCAUUCCUAUUGGUUGUUUUUCUUGCUAGUAUUCUGAAAUUGCACAGCUCUAUAAUGUGGCAGAAAUUCAUAAAAGAUUGCCUAUGGUUGUCUGAGAACAAUAUCUAAGAAAAAUUGAAAAUUUUUGCAACAGCAGACUAGCAGUUUUACUAGCUAGUUGGAGUGUGUGUUCCAUAAUUCAGCAUAUUCUCUUGUACUGCGGGAUUUUUCCUAGAAAGCAUAUUUUAUUACUCCAUUUUCCCUUCCCCAAAAGCCCACCACCAGAGAAUUAGCCUCAUCCAAGAACAGUGCCUCUGCAGUAGGUGGAUUGUAUUUAUAAGGCUGCUGCUUAGUAAUACAGUUCAUGCCCUGCUCCCCAAGGAUCGUGUGCAUCAACUAUUCAACAUGCACAGCCUGUACUAGAUGACCAGUGUCUCCUUCAUAGCAGGGUGGCAUGCUGCGCUGCCAUGUGACAUUGCAUUUGUUAUCAUCAGUCUAAGUAAACUAGCUGAAAGUGAGUGAAGUAUAUAUUUUCAAGAACAACAUGUUUAAUAAUGGUUAGAUAAAUAUUUUAAAUACAGUUUAAUCUGAAUCAACAUUGGCCAUAGCUAAAAGUGUUGGCAAAUCAUAGUUUAACUUUUGGCCUUUUUCCACUCUGAAAAGAGAUUGUAAAAAUGGCAUCUUUUUAUCCAACAAAUCUGAAUGUUUGUUAAGAAUAAUCUGUGAACAGUAGUGACUAACAUUUUUGCAACUUAUUCUUGUAGGGGUGACAUAGCUAAGAAAAAGUGAGCUGGAUUCUGUUUCAAGGUUUUGGGGGUUUUUUGAAGUUCCAAUUAAAAGGCUAUGCAUUUAACUCUGUGUAAAUCAAUUGAGGUAAAUAGGGUUACACAGAUGUUACAAAGGAAAUAAUUUUCCCUGCAAAACCUUUACUGGGGAAGGGGAAAGAAAAUCCUAGAUCCCACAAUUCCAUGGAUAUAGUCACUUUUCAGGGAAGAACUCGUGAAUUCAAAAUUUCAUCCUUUGUGCAAAAAUGUGUUGUGUUUAUCCAUUGCAGAACUUAAAGGUUUGAAUUCCAGUACUUUUUACCUAAGCAGAAAAUGAUAAGCAAAGGCAAUUUUGGUUGGUAAAAAAAAUUGCUCACAUAUAUGUUAUUCUCUUCAGAAUGGCUUCAUUUUUUCCAUUCAUCUAAAUAAUAAUUAAAAACAGGUAGUUCUUGCGUCUUGGAGAAGCUAUCUUCUACUUGGGUUUUAGACCUGACAUAUCUGGUUUGUUUUUGUUUGUUCAUCUUAUAAUGAAAUAAGAAUGGGUUAGCUAUAAUCUUAUUUUGCUAGACUUUCUUUAAAAAAGAUGAUGAAAUCGUAGGUGUCUUUUGUAGCUGUUAGCCUGGAAAUUGGGUUUCAGCAGUAUAAACUAUGAACCAUUUUUAAAUAUCUGCACUGUUACAAGCAAGUUGGGGGAUAUGAUGGACCUGAUUCACCACAUGUUGCUCUUCCAGCUUUAUUUUAAUGCGACUAUUGAUUUCACUGCAUUUUCAACCAGGUUAAAAUGGGAGUGACACAAAAGUAACAGUGAUGAAUUGGACCUAGUGGGUCUGAUCCUCCAAUCUUCACUCUGGUAAAACUCCCAUUAAAAUCAGCAGGUGCUUAUUUGAGAAAGAUGUAGUGUUCUUCCCCCAAAUAUGGAGAAUGGAUAGGUGAAAUUCAUAGCCAUAUGUCAUUUGUUUUACAUUAAAGGCUUGUCUACACUUAACUCUUCAGCAGCACAGGUGCGCCACUGAAGCUGCGCUGCUGUAAUGCUUCAGUGUAAAAACUACUUACACUGAUCGGAGGAAUUCUUCCGUCGGCGGAGGUAAUCCACCUACAUGAGUAGCUAGGUUGAUGGAAGAAUUCUUCUGCAGACCUAGCGCUGUGAGAUGGAGACUUAGGUCAGCUUACCUAUGCCAUUCAGCAGUAUGGUUUUUCACACCUCUGAGCAAUUUAGUUAUGCCAACUUAAUAUCUAGUGUAGACCAGGCCUUAGUCUUACAGUCAACUUAUCUUCAGGUGGCGAUUAUUCGAUUAUUGUGUAAAAUAAUGUGAAAAAAGCUGAGUCAACCUCCAUCUAAUGUUUAUUAUAUAUUGAAAAUGAAAAGUAAAGCAUUAUUUAAAUGUAGUUUUGUGUGAGAUAAGCAUCCCCUCAGCCACAAAUCUUUCAUUCCAAACUUAUCAAGAGCUCCUUUGCAUAUAGAAUUUAUAUCCUAUUUCAAAUCCAACAACAAGGAGGCUUGUCAUCACAUUUUCUGCAUAGCUCGUGCUGCUCUAGGCAUCUAUCUAUCAUACUUAGAUGGCUCUCAUCCGCAGGGUAUCUGAGCACGUCAGUGUAUGUUUUUUUCCUUUACUGCAUUCCAUAUUCAACAAUUGAAUAAGCUGGUCUUGAGAUGUCGGCUGCCUUUUCCCCCAGUGCAUCUUUUACAUUCGGUAUAAAACACGACCCAGUAAGGCACUGGCCUCAUCUGAGAGGGAAACCAUUUUACUCCUUUAUACUUUAUCAGUUGUAUUUGUAAUGGUAUUCUACAAUUCAGAAAUGUUAUCAACUAUUUCUCAUGGACUGUUCUGAAAUGAUCAAUUCUACAAUCUAAGAAGGUGAAAAAGAGCUUUGUCCCAAUAAAGUUUGGCUAUUUUGUGACUAUUGGGCCUACUGCAGGAUGAUAGUGCCUUGUAAAAAUGGACUCUAGCUGUUUGCUUGUUAUCUGCUUUAGAAAUCUUUAUCGUGUGAUUAUUUCUGAGAAUAUUUGGCCUGUUUUGAUUGUAUAUUGUUUUAAAGAGUCAGUUUAGUGCUAAAGUCUUUUGAUCACAAAAUAAGUAUCACCCUGGCAGUAGUAGUACAAUCUUUCUCACAUGGAUUGGUUGAUGUGCCUCACACCUGACCUGAAAGGACUGCCAUUGGCAGCAGUAAGAUCAUAGCUUAGUCUUAUCAUACAUUCAGCCCUUUCAGUCACUAAUGAGACUUCCAGCUCAAUGUUGCCAAUUGAGAGUGGUUUUCAGGAUAUGGAGAACUGUCCACUACAAACUAGAUUUGGGACAACUAAUUCAUAACUCGCAGGUCACUGGGCUUUUAGUCAGUGACUAAUGAAUUUGGCUUUGAACUGCUGAGUUAAGAUAAAAGGUUCAUACAUCUACAUUCAUUCUGUGAUCCAAAGAACUAUUUUUCAUGAACUGCUGAAAAAUUGCCAGUUAACAAAUUCAUAACUCCACUAUUUAAACAAAACAACCUGGUGGUGGAGCACUGGAGACAGGUUGGUAGUUAUGCACAGUUCAUUUCAUUAAUCAUUAGUGGAUCCUUUGCCUCUUCUCUAGAUCUCUAAGGUACAGAGCCCAUGUUUUACUUUUUGCACAAUAUCUAGCACAAAAAGCUCCCAGAUCUGACUGGGGACUUGGCACUACUGUAAUAAAAAUUGUUACUAAUAAUUUCCCUUCUCCUAAUACUAGGUGUUUCUGAUAAUAAAGAAGUAAAAUUGUUCUGUGUGGGUUAUGUAUACUUGUGUGUUAAUAAAGCAAUUAUUAAAUAGUACAGUAAAGAAAUGUCAAAUGCUGCUACUAUUAUGUUGCUAUUUUUGUAAAUAAAUAAGUCCUAAGGUUUUUUUUA